CUGGUUCAAUUGAGACAGAAGAAGCCAUGAAAGAAUGUGGUUGCCUUGGCUGGCCAGGAAGGUGAUCAGAACCAGAAAUGCUGGUAGGAGCCAGGGUCAUGACUGCCUUCUGGCAAGGGAUGUACACCCUCCACCUGGACUCCCAUUGGCUGUCCCUCCUAGCCUGGGUUUAUAAAGCAGCAAUUCUGAGUGUGUGAGACACCUUCAGGCUCUAUUCUACCUUCUGCUUCUCCUUGGCGUUGGGUUCUGAGAUGGGUAAGUGCUUCCUACUGCUGCUGCUGGGCCUCUCCUUGCUGUUGGGCUUACUGCAAGGUCUCCACUGCUGCUUCAAAGUAGAGGGAUCCUAUGAAACCAUUCAUAAGCCAAAGUGGUCUCUACGUUGUUUCCGGUGCUUUAGUGUCAGACCUGAUGGGAGUUGCGUGCAUCGGAGAACCACCUGCAAUGCCAAGAAAAAUGAGGAGUGCCUUCUGAUGAAGUAUUAUAAUGAUUACAGGCUCUUCCGUGGAUACCAGAACUGUAGGUACAACUGCACCAAUGCGACCAUAUCCCAUGGAACUUCUCAAACGGUUAAUUCAUGCUGCAAAGAAAAUGAUCUCUGUAACAGAAUGGAGAACCUUGGAACUUGA